CAGAACCAUGUCCUAUACUGUGCAAUGUGAUGGCCAUAUUCCCAUGUUAGGCAUUUUAAAUGUCGCCUUUUUUGUUUUUCCUUUUUUUUGAUACUUUGCACUGUAUUAUUGGAGAUGGAUAUGUCAUUUUUAUUGUACCAAUUUUUGUUUCCACAGUUAAAAAAACCAAAUGGAACAGUUGUAGGGAUCAGUUCCGUCGGGAAGUCACUGAGAUGGUGCGGAGUGGUGAGGGGGCUCCUAAGAAAAGACCCUACAUAUACACGGAGCAAUUGCGCUUUCUUCGUCCCGUGAUGGAUCUUAGGCUUACUGUUGACAGUCUGGAGGACCCAGAACCACAGCCAUCACCACAGUCAGAUCCGGGAGGCGCAGAGACCCCUCCCGUCUUUUCGCCAGAAAUGAGUCCCACAAAUCUGGCAGAAGAAGAGUCCGAAGGUGUUCAAAGGGGACUUGCUGGGCCUGGUGAAGUGAACCCUGAUGAUAGCCAAAGGCCACAGAGUCGGCGAAGGAGGUCUGCCCCUCAGGCUUCUUCUGGGAUAACAACUAAAGAGGUGAUUGACUCCCAAGUCAUUCAGUACCUAGCCCAGAAGAGGGCUGAAGGGUGUGAGGAGGUCUUAAUGAGGGGGCUGGCACCUUUACUACAAGUGCCACAGGAGAAGCAAGCAGCAUGUAUUGCUUCCAUCACGUUAGUCCUGGAAAUGUAUAGGCACCCAUAUCAGGGGGACAUACAUUCCCUAAUUGAUCGGGUGAGACGGCAAGUGGUCUUGGGCCCUCAUCACCAACAACAAGGCAGCUUACCACCUAGGGCAGCAACCCAUCACGCGCCCUAUUAUAGCCAGCAAAAUCUCCCUUUAUCCCAAGAUUCGAAUCCUCCUUUUGGCCAGCCAAAUUACCCUCCAACAUAUCCCACAGGGGCACAGGAUCCUGCCCAGGUUCGGCCAGGACCCUCAUAUGCUGCUGGAUCUUUCACAAGGGAUCUGAUGGACUUAUAAUAUAAUAUUGUUGUUUAAUAGGUUUUACAAAAAUAUUUUAUUUUAAAAAUGUUGACAUUACUUGUCUGUUUUCUAAAAUUGGUCUGGCUAGUUUUCCAGUAAAAAUUGUGCUGGUAAAAAUGAUGUCUUAUGUUUUUCCAUUACCAAUUUUACAUUUCAAAACAUGUAUUAUUAAAACAAACACACACACACAUUUUACUUUUUUUAUUAUUUAUAAUUUACAGUAGACAGAUGUCAGAGAGGUAUUAGAAGGUUUAUGGGACCGUGCAGCAAAUAGCUGUUUUUUUGUUACAGUGUAAUCUAAAAACUUUGGGAUACCAAAAAGUUUUUAGGCCAAAUUUUUGGAGUAUGGUCCUUAAACCUCAGCCCACAAGCCCACGUCAAGGGUCCUCAUUCUCUUGUGAGUCAUUACACUCAACUAUAACAUAACAUGUAUAUAUUCUAUCUGCAAUUAAAAUAAUAAAACUAACAAGCCCAAAAGAAAUUAAAACCUGCCACGAAUAGCGUCCAUCUGCCAUGGCAUGGACCCCACUGGGCUGGAAAAGAAGUCUGCAUAGAGUUCCCGAACGGCAAGACCUGCAGUCCCAGGUCGUCUAUGCAGGGUCAGAUCCAAAUCCAAACCUGAUGACGUAGAAAAUUCUUCCAUGUCAACAGAAGAGGAAGCCUCAUGAAUCCUGAUGAAGUUGUGUAGAACACCACAAGCUUGAGUCACCAGGGUAGCAUUCUCCGGAUCCAUCUGUAUGGAUGACAUAAACACCCUCCACUUGCUAGAGAGUAUUCCAAAGGCGCACUCAACAUACCGACGGGCACGAGUCAACCGGUAGUUGAAAAUGCGCCUCCUGUCAUCCAAACCGCGUCUGGGGAAGGGCCGCAUAACAUGGGGUGUCAAUGCAAACCCUUCAUCAGCAACGAUGACAAAUGGAGCCGGCGGACCUGCAUAUCCGGGCAGUCUUCUGGG